AUGCGGCACCCCCAAAGCUUGGCCGACGCGGCCAUACUCACUAUAUUUCUCCUGCCGUCCCUCACAGCAGCAGUGGGAAACAUAGACUGCAACCAUGUACGCGUGGAUGGCAUAGGGUUUACUUUCAAAGAACUAGGAGGACCCCGAUCAGCCCAACAUAGCUUCGACAGGGGCCAAAGCUUCCUAAACACCACAUACACUAUCGACAUCUGCCGACCGCUGAAGAAAAGUUCUGGCUCUGAUCCAAAGGCCAAAUGUCCUAGUUUUACACGAUUGUGUGCCGUGGAGCGAUUUGUAUCGAAGGAUGGGACCACGGAUGUUAUCCAAGAUGCUUAUCCAGUUGCCGGCGAGCUGAAGACAAACGGAGGCGGUGAUAUGAACGCCAAGUGGUCACGAUUAAAGGGAUCCAUAUCUCAUGAGGAUUCGAAGAAGGAAGGCUUGCUUCUUGAAAUACACGGGGGUUACAAGAAGACGGAUACGGAGAAGAAGAGGCGGCAGAGGGCCGUUAUUGAAUUUCUCUGCGAUAGAGAGAAGACGGGGUUAGAGAAUCUGCCGGAGCCCAAGGAUACAUAUGAUAAGGGCAAGGAGAAGCGGGCGGAAGAUGCCCCUGAGGAGGAGACCGAUUUAACUCCCAGCUUGACCUUCGACUCGUAUGAUACGGAAGGAGAUGAAGAUACCCUGCGGUUGGAAUGGAGGACUAAGUGGGCAUGCGAGGAUUCCAAGAAGCAGCAAGAUGAGGCGAACCGGUCACAUUGGGGAUUCUUUACGUGCGCCUUCCUCUCCACAGCGGCAUACCUAAUCUUCGGCUCCUGGCUCAAUUACAACCGUUAUGGCGCUCGUGGCUGGGACCUGCUACCCCACGGCGAUGCCAUCCGAGAUGUCCCGUACCUCCUCCGAGAUUGGAUCCGAAGAGUUGUCAACACCAUACAAGGGGGCGGAAGUAGGGGAGGUUACGCAGCUGUAUGA